AUGAAUAUCUUUCGUUUCUUCGGUGACCUUUCGCAUUUGGCGUCGAUUGCUAUUUUACUGCAUAAAAUACAGACGUCGCGAUCAUGCCGGGGCAUCUCGUUCAAAACGCAGGCACUCUACGUCGUUGUAUUCAUUACGCGCUACCUUGACCUCUUCCUCGGCGACUAUGUCUCAUUGUACAACACCCUCAUGAAACUCUUCUUCAUCGGGAGCAGCUGUUACAUCUUAUAUCUCAUGAAAAUGCGCUUCAGUCCACUCGUCAUGGCCAUCUCCUUUCUCUUGCGUCGAACCGUUCACGUACGGGCACCACACGAAUGUCGACGUGACAGACCUACACACGACCCGUCAAUCGACACCUUCCGCAUCGAGUUCCUCGUCGGCCCCGCAUUCCUCCUCGCGCUCAUCUUCCACUACAAAUUCACAUUCGUCGAAGUCCUCUGGUCGUUCUCCAUCUUCCUCGAAAGUGUCGCGAUCCUCCCGCAACUGUUCAUGCUCCAACGUACGGGCGAGGCAGAAACGAUCACGACACAUUACCUCGCUGCCCUUGGCGCCUACCGCGGACUGUACAUCCCGAAUUGGAUUUACAGGUAUUUCACGGAGGGAUCGGUGGAUGCUAUAGCUGUCGUUGCGGGACUUGUGCAGACGGGAUUAUACCUCGAUUUCUUUUAUAUCUAUUUCACAAAAGUCCUGCAUGGACAGAAAUUCGAGUUACCUGCAUAA